CAUGCGUAAAAUUUUAACGAUUUCUCUACUAAUCAUCCCACCCUUAUUCGUCUUUUGUCAGUCGUACGAAAUUCAGGAAACUUACGGAGCUGAAAUCUUCCUGAAAUGCGAUGAGGAGGGCAGGAAAUGGAUUCUACCAGAUAGAGAUUGGGUUAACGUUACGAACGAUUUCACCCGGAAGGGUGUCUACGUAAACCAGACUGGUUUAUUAAUCGCUCGUUUCUCAGAUGAGAAACAAGGAAAGUACGAAUGUAUUAUGAAAAGUAACACUGAAAUUUGGAAAGUAACUUUGAAAACUAUCGACCUCUGGCAACUUUACAAGUCAAACACGAUAGUAGGCUUAAUAAGUGCCGCAGCUGCUUUCUCCAUUCUCGUCCUUGUAGGAUUGACGUACUCCUACAGAUGGCGCGUCGAUCGUAUAAUAAAUCCUCACGAUAAUCCGGCAGUCGUUGAAUCGGGGGACGUUAUAAGAGAUACGAAGUUAUAA